GGCUCCAAGUCUGGGGACAGCUAGAGCCAGCGGAAGGGCACGCCGUGGCAGUGCUGGAGUAGCUGUUCGAGUGGGACUGACUGGGCCAAACCGGACCAGACGUGAAGUAGACCGCGCCUGGAGCACCACCCCGCCCUUGCGCGCUCUGCGCGCGCGUACCGAGAGUCUCCCUCCCCCUGUCUUGAGCUGAGUCUAGGGCCUACUGGCGCAUGAGUCCUUGGCGUCCCGCGGCAUGGGCAUCUCUGCGCACCGGUUCUGUCCUGGCCUCAGAGGAACUUUGUCGCGUUCUCUAUCCGCUGGACUAGACGGGUGGGAUGCUUGACACAAAUGGGGCUUGGCUGUGGGGUUCUUUGCAGGGCCGGUUGCAAUGGGCUUGGGGGGAGGCUGUCCUGCCGCUGCUAUGUGGGCCAGUUUGGCCCCUGGCACUUCAUGAGCUGGCACCGUCACCAGACAAAAGGUCCUAAGCUUUGGGGAGUCCCAGAAGUGGACACAUGGGUUUACUUCCUCUCGGGUCUCACGGAAUCGCUUCCCUCUUGACGGAUUCCGAAGCCUGCCCGGUACAAGUGGCUCCUGCUUGGGACUCACAGGGCUAAUCCAGCCCUUCUGAUCUAAUCCGGAUCAGGACCUCGUCCCGGGGGAUGCCCCCACCUUCUAUUGUUCUGGGGCCCAGGUGCACCCCCAGACUGAUGGUGGCAGUCAGAGGCGACGAAAAAAGCUCGGGCUGAUGGCCCUGUCUGGAAUCCCUGGAGAACUCUGACCAGGGAGGUCCUGGGUCCUCUCUCUGAAGGGCCGCAAUGGCGGUGAGUCCCACAAGGCCGCCCAGCCCGCAGCUCGCUAAAGAUAGAUCUUCACUUCCUGGGGAAAACCCACCCCAACCGUCUUCAUGGAGGGAGAGUAGCUAAAAUCACCAACUUGCUGGUGGGUCCCAGCCCUGCUAGCAGCUGAACCCACACCACAGCAUGGAAAGUGCUUUGGAAUGACACGAUCACUCCCGUUGAGUGGGCACCCAAGAAGCCAUCGGGAAUGUCGUGUCCGCCCAGUGCUCUUUCGGCACCUCCCAAACAGGGCCUCAUAGCCCCGGCCUUCCCGAACUUUUCCUAUCUCUAGAUGUCACUCCUCUCCGGAGCAAAGUUCACCGGUUGGAUUCAUUCAUUACUGGGGGAAGUGGAGUUUCACGUUACUUGGAAACGAAAGAGUUUGGACAUAGAAAAGCUCACCUGCAGCUUGCUCUACCUGAGAGCUCUGCUUAUUUGGGUCUUCUCAUCAUCACAUUUGUCUUAAACUGACCAGUUGCCUAAAGAACCAAAGGUGCCGGUAACACCAGUUUAAAGGAAAAACAUUAAAGGCUGGUAAUCCUGGAAUCAUGAUGACUAAUUCCUCGGGUAUCAAGAUGGGCAAUUCUAUCCGAUUGGGCUUUUACUGGGAAUAAAGACAUUCCAUACCGCAGCCGAGGAAAGGCGUACCAAUAAUCAGAACUCAAAUUUUGCUUUGUUUCGUUACUUUUCCAAGUAGGCGGUAAAGAGUCUUUAAUGGAAGACACGAGUGGUGGCACACACCUUUAAUCCCAGUACUCAGGAGGCAGAGGCAGGUGGAUUUCUGAGUUCAAGGACUUUCUGGUCUACAAAGAGUUCCAGGACAGCCAUGGCUACACAGUGAAACCCUGUCUUGAAAAACAAAGUGUCAUUAAUGGAGAGUCCACGGCCGGAUCCCCGCCCCCGCCAGGCGGACCUCCCGGAAGCUCUACGGAUAACUUACUUCCUGUUCCAUUUAGUCUUCCGGUCGCCAUGGCGACCGGGCGCCUUGGGGUUGGCGAGACGCUGGAGGCCCUUAAUGCAGCUGUAGGGCCUGGUAGCCCAGUGUGGUUUAAGGAAACCCAUGCCCGGCACCUUCGUGUUCGAGACUUCUUGGCACCGCGAAGCGCGCUACAGGCGCGCUUCAGGGACGGCCAGGUGCCAGAGUGCGUGUUCCGUGCGGUCUCCUGCCUGCAGGGUCCCGGAGUGGCCCCUGUACUGCGCUGCGCGCCGACACCCGCGGGUUUAUCGCUCCAACUACAGCGGCCCGCUGUCUUCGAACAUGUACUCGGUGCCCUGGCCUCCUAUGCUACUCCCGCCAAACCUGCCUCACCAGGCCCGCGAGUUGUCCUACACUGCCCAGCACUGCGCUGUAAUUCGGGGACGCUCCGAUUGAGCCAGCUGCGUGCCGUGCUCGUAGCCGAUCAUCUAGUACGGGUACUGCGUGCUCAUGGGGUACGUGUGUGCUCAGUGCCCCCGGUGCGGGACCCUCACAUGUCAACUUUCCUCCAGAAACUUCGGGUGGAAUGGCCCACUGCCUCGAAGAGCACCUCGACCGAAACACUGAGAACCUGUGUUCUUGCAAACCUUAAUGGUUCUAAGGAAGCGACGCUGCCCCCUGGCGUCCUAGGCCGACUGUGUCUGAAGGAACUGGUAGAACAGAGAGGCACUGCUGGCUAUGACCCCAGCAUAGACCACUGUUUGGUGACUGAAGAUGUGCUCUCUGUGCUCUCGGAGCUGCAGGAGGCUGUGCGCCACUGGCCAGAGGGCGGCCACCCAGGCCCGGCUGGGCGUCCAGAUGCUGGUGUAGAUGACUGCGUGGUUAUACACGUGGUUAGCUGUGAAGAGGCAUUCCAGCAACAAAAGCUGGAUUUGCUCUGGCAGAAAUUGGAUGACCGGGCUCCUCACAAGCAGAAACACCUGGUGUGUGGUCCCGUGAAAAUGGCUGGUGUACCCGGCACCCAGCUGACUGCCCCUCAGUACUACAGGCUCAGACAUGCUCAGGUGUGCGAGGCCUCAGCUCUGAAGCACGGAGGAGACCUGGCACAAGACCCCGCCUGGACUGAGACCUUCGACAUCCUCUCCGUGGCUACCAUCAAAUUUGAGAUGCUAAGCACAGCCCCACAGAGCCAGCUCCUCCUGGCCCACAGCACCAUCUCAACAAAGGGCACAAAGAGCGGGACUUUUGUCAUGUAUAACUGUGCCCGCCUUGCCACACUCUUCGAGGGCUACAAACAUGGAACGGAGCAAGGUCUGUAUCCCACUUUUCCGCUUGUGAGCAGUCUGGACUUCUCACUACUCCAUGAUGAGGGUGAGUGGCUGCUGCUUUUCAACAGUGUCCUUCCCUUUCUGGACCUGCUGAGCCAGACUGUGAGUCUGGCCGGCACCCCAGGCCUCCACAUCCCUGUCCGCACGGAGAUGGUAUGCAAGUUCCUGGUGCAGCUCAGCAUGGAUUUCAGCUCCUACUAUAACCGAGUACAUAUUCUAGGGGUGAGCAUACAGCAAGGGGGGUCUGCGGGAAAUGUGGGCAAGGCUGAGCACACGGGAAAUGAGGAUGCGCCUGGCUGCUUUUCUUUCAGGAACCUCGGCCACACCUCUUUGGUCAGAUGUUUGCUCGCCUACAGCUUUUGAGGGCAGUGCGUGAGGUGUUCCACACAGGCUUGGCUAUGCUGGGCCUCCCUCCGCUGAGCCACAUCUAAGGGCCCAAUAACUGGGAAUGUUUAUAAAAGCAUCAACUGGGAAAGAAACAAGACCUCACAGAUGUUGGGCACUUAAAGUCAGAAUAAAUACAGUUUCAUCCUA